AUGAUGCCUACCGCGACUUCAAGCCUGUGCAGGCAAAGAUGCCUCCGCGCAUAUCCCAGUGGAAGACAACCAAGGCUGCUUCUCUUAGCCGCCAGAGCUUCCUCGAUGUUCUUUUGGGCAACACCCCGCUCAUCUCCGAACGGGGCUUUAUCUCGCAAGAAACAUCAGAGCGCUUCGAGGCCGUCUUGACGAAGAAAUUGAUUCCUUACUCGCAUAUUGCUGGCCCUGAGGUUCAGAAAGUGGGUCUGGCCCAGUUUGAAUUCCAGGCGCAAUCAGCGGAGGACUUUCAACACCGAUCUGAUGAGAAAGCACGCUAUUUCGCCGAAGUGCAGAAGAUUUCGGGUCUUCACGAAGAGCUAGCCAGCCAUACAGGCCUGAACCUGUGGCAGAAAGUUUUCAACGCCAUUGCCUCCCUCCUCCCCGACUACGAUGUGAUGGUGGCGCAGGAAGGCCCCGGCCGGCGAUACUUUGCGGGUAUCUACCGGGCUAUCAACGAGUCCACCCCGGUACAUUGCGAUUGGUCUCCGUAUGACUCUUUGACGGAGGACUGGAUCAUCAACCGGAUCUCACAUCAGGCGGUGUUCAACCUCUAUCUGACACCGGUGCACGGCGGGCACACAGUGAUCCAUGACCAACCUUGGACGGAAGAGGCGCUGGCCUUCCGCGACCCCAACUCGUAUGGAUAUCAUGCGAGCGUGGUAGCGGGGACGAAGCACGCGAUAAUCCAGCCUGAGGUCGGCCAGCUGUGUAUCUUCAACACCCGCAACAUGCACCAAGUCUUCCCGGUGACCCAGGGCUCCAACCGACCGCGUCUGGCGUUCAGUAGUUUCAUGGGGCUAUUACCGGCGGUCAAUGCGCAGGAGAAGCCGACAUUGAUUUUCUGGUCGUGAUGAUGUCGGAAAGAUAGCAUGCGCUUUUGUUUGUUUUAGCUUCUAUCCUUUAGAAUGAGAUUGCG